GACGAACGCCAGCUGAAACUGUAAAUUGCUGCAGCAGCAGUCGACUGUGUGUGUUGGUGGGUCGAGUUUGGCCAACUAUCAUUGUCUUUGGCAUUGGGCAACAUUUUAAUUGAAAAAGUUUUUGUCUGGUCUGAGGCAAAACGUCACACAAAUAUGACUGUCAAAUUGGCCAAACUCUUUGGCAGCGGCAGCAGCAACAAAUCGAAGACAAACAGCGGCAGCGGCAGCGGCAGCGGCAGCAAUGCGUCCAAUACGUUGCCCCUAAAUGGCCACGGACAUGUCCAUGGCCAUGGCCAAAAUAUGCAGCUACCGGCACCGUCACUGCCAAUGCCAGCCAAUGGGAAUGCGAAGCUGAUUAAAUAUUGCGAUCAUCAACAUGAUCGCCAGCGGCCGGCGGCAAUGACCAUUUACGGGCAUGCCUAUGAAUGCAAUCAGAUGGAAGUGGAGCUGGAGAAUGACUACGAUGACAACAUGUCACUGAGCUCGGCCUACAUGCAGCGCAAUCAUCCCUACAACAAUUCGCAGCGUCCGCUGUUGGGCGAGCGGCGUCCCCAGCUGCAGCUGACCAAGGCCGCUGGCAAGAAGAAGACGGGGACGGGCUCGCCCAUGGCCGGUAUACCGCUGCCGGCGCCACCUCUGCCGGCGCCACCUCUGCCGCCGCAGCGCAACAUCAAUGGCGCCAGCGCCAGCGACGCUUACGUCUCUCCGUAUGUGCAGCAACAGAAGCGAGAUAGCGCCAAGGGAUUGCACGGCUUUAACGACUUUGAUGCGCUCUCCCAGCAGUACAAUCAGCAUCUGCAGAGUCCGCACAUUGGCUAUCCGUACGGCAGUCCGCCGUCGCCGACGGCUCAGUCGAGUGACUUCUGCUUUGAUGGGGAGCGCGAGAAAUCCUUUAAGCCCGUCUCAUCCACCAGCAGCUCGACGGCCACAACCAAAUCGAAUUGUAGCUCCAGUUCGGCUGCAAAUGGCUCACCGCCGACCAAUGCCUGCUAUCAUCCGUCGGAUUCUGGCAAUUAUCUGGACGCACAGCACACGGCGACGGUACAGCUGAUGCUGCACUCGUCACGUUUCGAGGAUGAUUUCUGUACGCGGCGUAAUGUUGAUUUUUUGACCGACACCGAGCGGUCGGGCCUGAAUUCGAAUACGAAUUUGAAUCCUCAUCCACAGCCAGUGGGGGGCCCAACAACGGGUCCCUUCAUAUUUGGCAUCUCACAUGAGCAGCAGCAAACGGAUUAUGGCCACCGCAGCAGUUGCAGCAUCGACAGCAUCACCAAAACUAACAUCAAGAGCAACAUCAGCAACAGCAACAGCAGCAACAGCAGCAGCAACAGGACCAGCAGCAACAACAACAAUCUCUAUCAGCCUGUGAUAAAUGCCACGCCCAUUAAAGAACACAAUGCACUGCAACAAUCGCUGAGCGAUACGAGUGCGGACAGCGGCAAAGGUGCAAAGUUUUUAUUGCGGAAACGCAAAUCGAAGAAGACAACGGAAAGUCCGAGCGUUGCGCUGGCAGCGGCAGCGGCUGCGAAUGGCGAGCACAAAGCUAAACGUGGCACACAGCCGUCAGUCAAAUGCGUGCUGGUUGGCGAUGGGGCUGUUGGCAAAACCAAUUUGAUCUUGUCAUAUCUGGAGAACCGAUUCAAUCCGGAGCAUGUGCCGACGGCAUCAGAUAUUUAUAACGUCGAAGUCAAUGUGAACGAGAGUCCAGUGCACUUGACACUCUGUGAUACCGCCGGCCAGGAUACGCUGGAUCCGUUGCGCGAGCUGAGCUAUCCCGACAGCGAUGUCUUUCUGCUGUGCUUCUCGGUGGUCAAGCCCGAAACGUUCGGGGCCAUCAAAUCGAAAUGGGCUCCCAAAUUUGCCAAAACAAAGGCGGCGCUCAUUUUGGUUGGCACCCAGGCCGACCUGAGGAGCGAUUUGAAUGUGUUGAAUAAAUCGCAGACAAAUGGCGAGAAACCAAUUUCAUAUGCAGACGCCUGGGAUUUGGCAACAACAAUUGGUGCCAAAUACAUCGAGACUUCCUCAGCCACACAGGAUAAAGUCAAAGACGUUUUUGAUACAGCCAUCUGGGAGGGCUUGGUGCCCACAACAUUGCCGCCCACGCCGCCCUUCUGGAAGAAGCUCUUUUGCCUUGCCUAAUGGGAGAGUGAGAGCUAC